GGGGGAGGUCACUUGCAGAGACACAGCAGCCUCGGCUGUUGCAGACACGGGGCAGGACACGGAGACACGGACAACGCAGACAGAGACACGGAGAGCGGGGACAGAGACACGGAGAGUGGGGACAGAGACACGGACAGCGGGGACAGAGACACGGCCGAGCGUAGCGUCAGUCGCGUGUUGUCUGUCUCCGCACCCGGCAGGGCGCGUCCACGGUGAGCCGAGUGGGGCCCGCGGACACGGCGCCGACUCGAGGCCGACUCGCAGUCUCCGUGGAGACGUCGUCAUAGGGAGAGAGACACACACAGAGACACACAAAGUGACACACACAGACACAGUGACACACACAGACACAGUGACAGACACAGUGACAUACACAGACACAGUGACACACACAGACACAGUGACACACACAGACACAGUGACACACACAUACACACACAGACACGCACAGUGACAUACAGACACACAGUGACACACACAGACACGUACAGAGACACACAGUGACACACAGAGACACACACAGUGACACACACAGACACAGUGACGCACAGUGACACACCCAGUGACAUACACAGUGACACACACAGACACAGUGACAGACACAGAGACACACACAGACACAGAGACACACACAGACACAGAGACACACAGUGACACACCCAGUGACACACACAGACACAGAGACACACAGUGACACACAGACACAGGGACACACACAGACACGGUGACACACAGACACAGUGACACAGUGACACACAGAUACACACAGUGACACAGUGACACACACAGUGACACACACAGACACACACAGUGACACACAGAGACACACACAGUGACACACAGUGACACACACAAACACAGUGACACACACAGACACAGUGACACAGAGACACACACAGUGACACACACAAACACAGUGACACACACAGACACAGUGACACACAGUGAUACACACAGACACAGUGACACAGAGACACACACAGAGACACACACAGUGACACACACAAACACAGUGACACACACAGACACAGUGACACACAGUGAUACACACAGACACAGUGACACAGAGACACACAGAGACACACACAGUGACACACACAAACACAGUGACACACACAGACACAGUGACAGACACAGAGACACACACAGACACAGAGACACACAGUGACACACCCAGUUACAGACACAGUGACACACACAGACACAGAGACACACAGUGACACACAGACACACACAGUGACACACACAGUGACACACACAGUGACACACACAGACACACACAGUGACACACACAGACACAGAGACACACACAGUGACACACACAGUGACACAGACACAGUGACACACACAGACACAGAGACACACAGUGACACACAGUGACACACAGACACAGGGACACACACAGACACGGUGACACAUACAGACACAGGGACACACACAGUGACACACACAGACACACACAGUGACACACAGACAUGUACAGGGACACACACAGUGACACACACAGACACAGUGACAGACACAGUGACACAAAGUGACACACACAGACAGUGACACACACAGUGACACACAGACACAGUGACACACACAGACACAGUGACACACAGUGACACACACAGACACGUACAGAGACAGAGUAACACACAGACACGUACAGAGACACAUACAAACACAGUACACACACAAGACACGUACAGAGACACAUAGACAGACACACAAAGCAAUACACACCGAGUAGUACACAGAUGUAACACACAUGAGACAGACACAAACACAGGGCAAUACACACAGAUGUAACAGUAUUACACACAGACACGUACAGAGACACACGAAGAGACAAACACAGUAACACAGACAUGUACACAGACACACAGAGACACAAACAGCAAUACACACAAAUGUAACACAGAGUGAUACAAACAGAAUAUUACACACAGACACGUACAGAGACAUCAACACACUAAUGCUGAUGUAACACAGACACGUACAGAGACACAGAGAGAGACAAACACAGUAAUACACACAGACACGUACAGCGUUAUAGACAUAGUAAUACACAGACACGUACAGAGACACGUAGAGAUACAAACACAGAGUAAAUACACAGAUGUAGCACAUAGACACGCACAGAGACGCAGAUAUAUAGACACGGAUGUAAUACACAGGCGCGUUACAGAGACACACAGAGACAAACAGAUGUAAUACACGUAGAGAGAGACACACAGAGACACGUAACGCACAGACAUACAGAGAGACACGUAUACAUUCUUACAGAGGGACAGAGUCGGAGCGAGACGCAGAGAGUUGGAUUUGGUGGGAGAUGUCUUCGUACGUGGGAUUUCCGAUCAUCAAACAAGAGGAUGAAGAAAGUGCAAACUGUGGAGCGUGUCCUGACUUCACGAUGAAAUGCGAAGAUGUCGCUCUAGAUGUCAAUUCUGUUAAGGCUGAAGAAGCCACCGAGAAUCCAGAGGGGAUGGCGCAUUGCCACGACGGACGUCCGGCCAAUCCAAAACAGAACAUGACCACCAAGGUGGAGGUGUGGGCGGACGACAUAAAAAAGUUCAUCCAGGUGGAGUUGUUGGAGGAGGACACUGGUCAAGUUCUGGAUCCAAAUACUUGUCAAGUUGGAGAAGCCAGUGAGAGACCAGAGGGCACGGACGAUUCCCAUGGAUACGUUGACAAUUUACACCGAAACUUCAUCAAGGUGGAGUCAUCAGAGGAGGACGCUGGUGAAGCUGUUGAAGGAAAAGGAAGGAGACUUCUGUGCGAGGAGUGCAGGAGGGGCGGUUGCUUCGAAACGACGACGGACGAAGUGGGGCGCAUCUGCCAGACCCCGCGAGCCGGCUGCAUGCGGUGCGGCAAGACGCUCCACAGUGUCGCCUUGUCAUCCAUCGGCAGCCGGCAGAGGCCACGCGCCGACGGAAAGGCGACUGUGCCGCAGGUCGUCGAUCGCGAAGCGACGAGCGCCGCUGACGGCAGGAAGCACGUGUGCGCGUAUUGUGGAAAGGGGUUUUCGCGUAACUACGAGUUGCAGAAGCACGUCAGGACGCACACGGGGGAAAAACCUUACGUGUGCAAAGAGUGCGGGAGGGGGUUCGCGCGGAGUUUCGACUUAAAGACUCACUUCAUAGUGCACACCGGCGAGAAGCCGCACGCGUGCAAGGAGUGCGGGGAGCGCUUUGCGCAGCGCUCUCACUUGGAGGCGCACUCCGUGUCGCACACGGGCGAGUGGCCGCACGCGUGCACGGAAUGCGGGAAAGGCUUCAUGCGGUCGUACGAUUUAAAGAUCCACUUCAGGAUCCACACCGGCGAGAGGUCGCACGUGUGCAAGGAGUGCGGCAAGGGCUUCACGAGGCGUUCAAAAUUGGAGGCGCAUUCCGCGUCGCACACGGGCGAGUGGCCACACGCGUGCGGCGAGUGCGGGAAGGGCUUUGCGCAGCGCUCCGAUCUGGAGAAGCACAAGAGGAAGCACACCGGCGAGAAGCCCCACAUCUGCAAGGAGUGCGGGAAGGGCUUCGCGCAGCGCUCCUGCCUAGACAAGCACACCAUCACGCACACCGGCGAGAAGCCGCACGUGUGCGGCGAUUGCGGGAAGGGGUUCAAGUGGCGCGAGCAAUUGGCGGCGCACUCCAUCACGCACACGGGCGAGUGGCCGCACGUGUGCAAGGUGUGUGGGAAGGGCUUCGCGCAGCGCUCCAAGUUGGAGGGGCAUUCCGUGUCGCACACGGGCGAGUGGAGACACGUGUGCGGCGAGUGCGGGAAGGGCUUCGCGCAGCGCUCCGAUCUGGAGAAGCACACGAGGACGCACACGGGCGAGAAGCCGUUCGUGUGCGGCGAGUGCGGGAAGGACUUUGCGCACCGCUAUCAUCUGGAGAAGCACAAGAACACACACCGGUGAGAGGCCCGUGGGUGUGCGAGGAGUGUGGGAAGAAGGACUUUCCCAGAGUGCGUACGUAUGUACGUGUUGUUGAACUUUCGCAACGUACGUAGCCAACCGUGCUAAUCAGAGGUACGGGAAGCGAUGAUUUUAGAGAGGCGUUCCUAGAACUACCCGGUAGAAAUCUUGAAUUCUGAGGUUUUUCCCAUUUGACAUUGAAAGCAAUGGUUGAAUCGGUUUUGUUUUCUCCGGAAUACAUUUACCGAUUUGUGUAUUGUGCUCGUGAACGAUGUGUAUUAAUUAGUAGGGAUGUAUUUAAGACCGCAACAGGAGGAUGAUGCUGGUUGUAAUUACCGGCAAAACCUCACGGUACUCGAAUUGUAAAUGUCGUGGGUUUACUCUCCAACACACAACCGGUGAGUGCUGAACUAAGUUGGCUGUGUCUGGGUAGUGGUGGUGGUUGUGCUGCUCCCCAAUGCAUCCUCGUUGGGAUUUCAUUUGAUUUGUACGCAUGAUGAACUUCGCACUUGAUGAUUGGCUCACUAGUAACGACAUCAUAUUUAUCUCUCUAAGACCAAAACAGGAGGAAGAUUUCUCCACAACUCUCUGGCUGUCGCCUGAUAAGGCUGGUUGUGAUUACCGGCGAAACAUCACGGUACUUGAAUUGUAAAUAUUGUGGGUUUACCAGAGGUGGGACAAAGUCAUUGUUAUGCAAGUCCAAGUCGAGUCUGAAGUCAUCAAAUUCAUGACUCGAGUCUGACUCGAGUCCAAGUCGCAUGACUCGAGUCCACACCUCAGAGGUGGGACAAAGUCAUUGUUAUGCAAGUCCAAGUCGAGUCUGAAGUCAUCAAAUUCAUGACUCGAGUCUGACUCGAGUCCAAGUCACAUGACUCGAGUCCACACCUCUGGGGUUUACCCUCCAACAUACAACAACCGGUUCAUGCUGAACUCGUAAACGAAUUGGACACGUUUAGUUUACGUGAGAAACCCUUUACAGAUUGGCUGUGUGUAGGGUGGUGGCAAGUUUAACAACACAAUUAUAUUUACGUGAUCUAACCCAACACAAAACUAUUAUUAUGGGUAAUAUUGUUUCAACGUCGAUGAUUUCAAAAUAGACCUUCGUCAGACCCCAACGCACCUUUGGCGGCUCCCACAUUGUUGUGGUGAACCUUUUUUGGCAGUAUCCAAGAUGAUGAAAAAAAUAAGAAUAGGUUUUACUCCGUUCUUGCAAUAAAACAGGUGGUCUUAAGAUGUUCAAACAGUCUGCAUUAAUCACACGUACUUGUGGUUGUAAAACUUGCAAACAAAAAUGCUCCGAUACCAUGCAUUGUCUGUUCACCUUUUAGUAUUCGCUGGUCUAACACUGGUGAGACAAGGCCGUACAAUCGGUUUCAAAGACAAUGCAUACAUUAUUAUGAUGUUUAUUUACAUGUUUUGACAGAAGUAUGUGUGGAUAAUGCAGACUUGAUGCCUUGCAAAAAGGUAUCUGGUGUUUGAUCAUCUUAACACCUGAUUUAUUGCCAGAAGCAGUAAAACUUAUUCUUAUUUUUUCGUCAUCCUACAUUGUUCAUUGCCCGAGAUCCUUCAUAACCAACCUGCACAUCUCUUCAACACUCCCACAUGUUAGACUUUUCCCCCCCCUCCUCCACCCCACCCCUCCCGUGUUCAUUAAAAUGAAAGAAACGGCCAACCGCUGCGAUAGUCCAGCUUUUUAAGCCCUGUAAUUGAGGACGCGUAUGAAUGACCCUGUAAAACAUGAGGCGGUUAACUGUGUGUUUAUCGUUGGAAGUGUAUAGUGCAUUGCGCAUCGUGAAUAGGAAAAUAUUUUUACUUCAUGUGGUGAUAAACUGGUGAUAUCAGAAUCAUUUCGGUAUGAAUAGAUGUGACAUCGGGUGUGUGUUUGUGUGCGCCCCUGAAGUGGAGUGGCGGCGCAGUGAUUAGCGCGCUGCACUACGAACCCGGCGACCCGAGUUCGAUUCCCGCUCACGGCCAACACCAGUGAUAGCCAUUAUUUGAACCAGUACUGGGUCUCCCCGAGGUCGACUCAGCCUCAAAUGAAUACCUGGUGCGGUGUGUAAAAACAUUGCCACUAGGGAAACAAAGGCGGUCGGGCAUGGUGCUGGCCACCCACCCCCUCGUGUGCCGUCCCGACUUUAAUAGGUGCUGCUCGCUAACAGCACAUGUCCCAACGGUCUGUUCAGGCUGUAACAGGGAUCUGCGUCUUUAUCUUUUUGCCCAUGGAGUGAUGCACAGGCCAUUUCUCAAGUAGGCUAAUAUUGGACAGUUUAGAAUUCUGUGGAUUACUUCCAUUGAGAUGUUAAAUAUACGACAUGAGCGUCCAUUGUCGUGGAAAGUACACAAGAUGACAACUAAACAAAAAGUUGCAAUUCAUACCAAACAUAGGUCAACAUAGUCAAUGUCCAGUAGCCAGUUGACGGCAUUCAUGACAUUGUCCGGCCAGAAGAAUCCAAUGAGCUAUGAGGCAAUUUUUUCCCCACAAAUAUUCAGUAGUAGGGGGCGGGUCAGCGAGUUAUAACAUUGCUCACAUAAUCGGUCCGCCCUGUCCCCUCUCCUCCCAUCAUGCAUCCUUUCAAGGAGUCUGGGGUCGGCUAAAUAGACAAUAAAAAAAGAAUACAGUUCUGAGACGGUGAGUAUUGACUCUAUGUUGUGUUCUGUCAUCCGGAGAAGUGGGCGACUCGACAACGGCUGAAUACCAGGGGGGUUUGUGAAACACCAAAACGUUACAGACAGUCCCUGGGUUGCGGAAGACCCGAAUUACGGAAAUCCGACCUUACGGAAAUAAAUCAUGUUACAAAAAAUUUAAUACGCGGAAAUGUUUGUGUUAUGUAAGCACAAGUAGUGCAGUGCGGUGAGGUUGUGGCUUCAGUAGGAUUAAGCUAACUGUAAUUUGUUUAUUUUGGGUGGAAAAUUGUUCAGUUUCCAACAUACGGAAAAUUCAGGAUACAAAUCAUUCUUCGGAACCUAUCCCUUCCGUAACCCGGGGACUGUCUAUACUGUAUUUCAAAAGUCCUCUUGGGAAGGGCAAUUGUGUACCUGCAAUAGCGAUCAGAGAUUCCCUCCACGUCACAACCUUGCAGAUGAAUUCCUCAGUCAAAUUGUGAUAACAGCCGCUUAUCAUAUGUGUAGUGACUGGGAAUGUCACUGUGUGGUGCCGGGCCUGCGAGCCCACGGCAGGAUGUAUACUGUUGUGUAUACACCCCGGACACGGGGUGUAGUACCAGCCCUAGUGGGGGCUUGGGUGAGCGCUGGUUAAGCGCGGUGGCACCACGCACAGCGUGCGGUGCGGGCUCCCGUUGAGAAAGCGAGGGAGUGUCAUCCAGCUAGGGUUACGUUGGGGGCAUGAUACUCUGGCUGACCUGGGGACAUGUGACCGGAUGAUACUGGAGGGGAGCCACCGGUGGAGGGGGCUAAUGGGUAGUCACAUGGUCCGGGAAGAACUCUCGAGAGCCUUUGGGCAAGGGCGAGAGAGAUGGAGAAGGUGGGCGGGGCGAGAGGCAGAGCCAGCUUGGCCCGAUAUCAGGGGGGCCCUGUGAGGGGCUCGGGGUUCUUGCUGUUGGAGAGGCAGGAGAUCCACGUCAAGCUUGAAGAAGCCUCCAGCCAUGCGGUCCAGAACCC